AUGGCCUGUAGAACCAACUGAAAUUUACGAAACAAAAGUCGAAUCUGCAAAUUUGGUAAUGGCCAAUUUAAUGUUCAAAGCGAUCGCGAGCUACCCCCAUAAAUACCGGGGGCGAGGUGGCGCCCAAGGGGCGCCCCCUUUGCAUACCAAGCAUAGCAACCUGGAACUACCAACCAUAGCAACACGAUGCCGUGUAUCCUACGAAGCCGGGUGGGCGAGUUAG